AUGGCGACGGACGAGAACAACCACAAGAACGAGGCGCGCGACGACUGGACCGGCUGCACCUUCCGGGUGGAGCGGGGGCCCAGCAGCGAAGGCCGGGCCUGGGGCAUGGCCGACAUCCUGACCGACGUACCGCGCCGCGUUUGGCCCGCGCGGCCCGGAUUUUCGCCCCGCCGCCCCGCGCGGGACCGGGCGCGACCGCGCCGCCGCCUCACGGCCCCCGCGCAGGCGUUCGCGGGCCACGCCGAAGACCACUGGAUUAACGUCGUCACGUCGCGCGCGGGCGGCGCCUUCGCCGAGGUAAGGCGCCCGCCCGCCCCGCGAGAGCCCGCGCGCCGCGCAGCGCGUGGCCGUUGCGAGAGUGCGCGCGCGCGCGCGCGCGCCCGAAAAUUCGCUUCGCGCGCGACGCCGUCGACCGCGCCCCCCGCGCGCAGCUCUGGGAGGCGAGCCUCGAAAGCGACGUCCUGGGCGUGCGGCCCCGGCGCAGCCAUGAUCGACUGCGCAAGUGACUUCGUGAUUCGCGCAGGUCCUCGCGGUGAUCUCCUUCGAGUGGUGAGCGCGUCGGCGCCGGGACCCGUUCGCACCGGCGGCGGGCUUUAUUUACGCUUUUCAACACAGGAGAGACACCGCGGUCUACUGCCACGCCGUGGCCACGAGUCCGGCCUACCGCUCGCGCGCGGGCUCGAGCGGCUCGUUGCAGGCGGGUUCGCGGCUGGACGAGUUCGUUCGUGCUCUUCUUCCCCGCUCGACCUCACGUCAAGCGGGCCGGCCCGCGGGCUCCACGCCCCUCCGGGUCCGAACGGUCUUCUUCAGGGCCGUCAUGUUCCCCCUGCACUGUUACCCCCACAUCGUCCUCUUACCCCGCGUGUCGUUUCCUUCUCUCCCCCAGCGCUCAUAAGGAGUUCGCAGUCGACUCGUGACAUCAUAAGGUUAGGCCCCGCCCCGCCCUACUUCUUCGCGCCGAAGAAGGCCGUCAGCUGCUUCUGGCCCGUCGAGACCGCGCCCUUCUUCUUCUUCGCCGCCGGCGCGUCCUCGGGCGUCGCGGGCUUGGCGGCGGAGGACCGCUUCCGCGGCGCCGGCUCGGCGGGCAGCGGCACGCGCGGGUCGAAGAAGACGACGGGCGCGAACGGCGCGAGCGCCGCGGCGCGGUCCGCGUCGCCCGCCUCGCCGGCCUUGAGCGGCGACACGGUGACGACCUCGCGCUCGAGGGCCGCGCGCUGGGCCGGGCCGCCCUCGUCGUCGUCGCCGCAGAAGAAGCCGUCCUCGUUGUCGAGCUCGCCGUCGUCCUCGUCCUCGAGGUCCUCGCCGUCCGACAGGUCCUCGCCGUCCUCGACGAGGCCCUCGUUGGCGUAGCGCUCCUCGUCGCUGUCGUAGUCGUAGUCCACGGCCGGGUCCCGCGCGAAGGGGCUCGUGGCCGUCACGACCGCCGACCGCGUCACCUCCUUGCGCCGCGGCGGGCCGAAGUCCGUGUGGAAGGCGAAGAAGCCCCGCCGCGGCUCGAGGAUCUGGACCUCGGGCUCCUCCUCGGCGGCCCGCGUCCGCCGCAGCUCCGCGCGCAGGUCCUCCAAGGGAGGCGGCGCGGCCCGCGCCUUCUCCAGGGCGUCGAGCAGGGCCACGGUCCUGACCGUGGACACCUCCGCGGGCUUGGGCGGCGGCGCCUUCCGCGAUUCGGUGGAGUCGCGCUUCGGCGCCUUGGACAGGAAGCCGGCCAUGACGCUCUUCGACGCGUUCGAGACCUUGGCCUUGGCGGGCUUCUUCGGCGACGCGUUCUGCUUCGCGGCCUUGGCGGCCUCCUUCUCGCGCUUCUUGAGGGCGGCGGCCUCCUUCUUGGCCGCGGCCUCCUCGCGCUUGCGCUGCGCGACCUCGGCCUUGAGGCGCUGCGCUUCGGCGUCCCGUUUCACUUUGAGGACCUUCUCCUCCUCGGCUUUUGCUUUCGUGGCGUCGCCCUUGAUGAGGACGUCAACUAAUUUCGCGGUGGCCUUGACGAGCUUGCCCUCGCGGCUCCGCGCCUGGCGCGCGGCCUUGAUGAGCUUGACGCUUUCAGCGGGGAAGUAGGCCUCGGGCGCGGACACCUCCCAGCACCAGGCGUGGAUCUGGGACUCGUCGUCGGCGACGACGACGGCCUUCUUGGGGUUGACGCCGUACGCUUUUCGCUCCGCUACUAACCGGAUCUUCGCGACGACGACAUCUACAGCCGGCGCGCCCUCGCCCAAUUCCGCCUGGGCCUCGGUCGCGACGAGUGCCAACGGCUCGGCGCGGCCCUGAACCAGGGACGCCAGCCGCGGCAGUAAUGACGAAGGGAACGCGUCGUCGCCCGAGACCGCCGCCUCGUUCAGGUACGGCUGGCGGUAGUCCUCGAAGGGCGACUUCUCUUGUAUAGCGUUGACUUGCGCGCCGAGCUCGCCGCGGUAGGCCUCCAGUUUGGCGGCGACGUCGAAGUCGGCCAUGGUUUUUGUAUGUAGGGCGCGACCGGCUUGACUUGGCUUUUGGCUUGGCUGGUGCGCGGCCGGCGGCGGCGGUUUCUUGUGCAGCGCGAUCUCGCAGCCAAGAGUAUGGCUGUCAGCUAGCGCACAGGCUGUGUCUUGCUCGGUUUGGCUCGAUUAGCCGCGCCCGCGGCUCCGCGCUUAAACUCGCAAUAUUGCUAGAGUCUUAAGGCCGCUAGCAGCUCAUUUUAGAAGUCGCUACAGACGCGUGAACAGUCCCGGCGCGAUUAAUGCGCCCCCUGGCAUGGCAGAAGUCUGGUAGAGGCCUUGCACUGCCUGGUCUCUGCAGCCUCGACAGGCGAUAUACAAAACGGCACUGCGCAAGCGUGCAUUUUGCCCGACACGCGUUUUGUUAUCGCACGCGUGCAACGCACCCGUAGCAGCGUUUGUGUAACGCAACUGCGCAUCAAUAACUGCACAGAGCCACAGCCCAGAGAGCCACAGGUGUGCCACCGCGGCGCGACUGGAUAUAAUAAGCAUGGAUCCCUCGAAGAAAAAGUCCCACAAGCAAAUAAAAAAGGCCAUGGCCGCGAAGCAGAAGCACGGGCUCGAAGACGACGAGCGCUUCGCGCACGCGGCGACGGACCCGACGUUCCGAGGCGGCCGCAAGAAGCGCAAGCUGAAGAUCGACCCGCGCUUCAAGGGCGCGCUGGACGACGAGCGCUUCGGACUCGCGCAAGGCAAGGUCGACAAGCGCGGCCGCAAGGUCGACAAGAACGCGCAGGCCGAGAGCCUGGCGCCGUUCUACGAGCUCGACGACGGCCUGACGGCGCCGGAGCGCGCGCGGCGGGCCGAGCUCGACGCGAAGAUGCGCGGCGAGGAUGACGACGACGCGGCGUCGUCGUCGUCCGACGACGGAUCUUCUGGAGACGAGAGCGACGAGCUGGAGGAGGUCGAGGUGCGCGCCUGGGACGCGGACCUGCCGCCGACGCACGACACCGUCGAGGGGAGCGUCGAGGCCGCGAGGCUCGCCGUGACCGACCAGGAGUGGAAGCACUGCCGCGCGCAGGACCUACUCGUGAUGCUCCAGUCGCUCUGCCCGCCGGGCGGCCAGUGCUCCCGAGUCGUGGUGUACGCGUCGGAGUACGGCGCGCGCGAGAUGGAACGGGAGGAGAAGUUCGGGCCGGGCGGCAUCUUCGCGGACGACGCGCCGGACGCGUCGUCGGACUCCGGGUCGGAGGACGAGGCGGAAGAGGGCUUCGACGCCGAGAAGCUGCGGGCCUACGAGCUCAAGAAGCUGCGGCGGUACUUCGCCGUCGCGACGUUCGACGCGCCCGCGACGGCCGAGGCCGUCUACGCGUCCGGCGACGGCGUCGAGAUCGAAGCGACGUCCGUGCCCCUGAACCUGUCGUUCAUCCCCGACGAGACGACCUUCGACGAAGGGCGGAAGCGCGACGAGGCCACGUCUGCCGAAGCCUACAAGCCGCCCAAGGCGUACGUCUGCGCCGCGCGCCAACAGACGAAGGUGAAGUGCACCUUCGACGACGACGACGGCCACCGCCAGCACGCCAUCGAGGAGAUGCUGAAAGAUCCCGACGCCGCGACGGCGUCGAAGUACCUCGCCGACAGCGACGACUCCGACGACGACGGCGGCAACGCGGCGAACUUGCGGAAGAUGCUCGGCUUGGACCCGCAGAAGCCCGCGGAGGACCAACCGACGCGGGAGGCGUCGGGCGAGGGUUUUGAUGAUGACUUUUUUGGGGCUGCCGAGGGCGACACCACGGCGGAAGAUGUGCAAGUGUCAUUUGAUGAGUUCGGCGGCGAGGCGCCGAACGACGAGGGCGAGACGCCCUGGGAGGCGCGCGAGCGGCGCAAGCGUAGGCGCCCGUGCAGAAAUUAACCAUCCCUGUCACGGAGACGACGUCGCGUCGAUGGCGGGGCGCCUCGACACUCCAUUUCCACGCAGGCGAGCGCAAGGCGGCGCGCAAGCAGAAGCUCAAGGAGAAGCAGCGCGAGGCGCAAGCGAAGAAGGCCGGCAAGGCGCCCGCGACGCGACCCGCUGUUGACGAUGAUGAUAGUGACGACGACAGAGACUACGACGCGUCCAAAUUAGUGCGCGCGGAGAAGCUCGCCGCGAAGCCGAAGCUCAAGGGCAAGCGCAAGCGCGAGCGCGACGCCUUGCUCGCGAAGCAGGAUCGUUCGGGAUUCGAGUUCGACGCGAAAGAUGACCGCUUCCGCGGGCUGUUGGACGGCGACGACCGGUUUGGCGUGGACACGUCCGCGCCGGAGUUCAAGAAGACGGCCGGGAUGAGUGCUGUCCUCGAGGAGCAGUCGAAGCGGCGGCGGGCCAAGCGCGACGACGCCGCGGCGCAGGCCGCCGCGGCGGAGAAGCGCGACGCCGAGGACGACGCACCAGCUGUUGGGGAUUUGGCGGCGUCCGUGCGGGCGAAGCUCGCGAAGCGGAAGCAGAAGAAGAAGGCUAGGAAGUAGUGAGUCUAGCAUAAGCACAUUGUUACGUACUCGUUCGUCUAGGCCGCGAGGACCGGCUCCUGGCCCGGGAUGAGCUGGAAGGACGGCGUCGACUUGGCGAUGGAGAGCUCCUCGUCGUUCAUGUCCGCCGGGAUGUCGGCGAAGAGCGGCGUCGAGAGGUAGCGCUCGCCCGUGUCCGGGAGCAUGGCGAGGAUCACCGAGCCCUUGGGGGCCUUCUUGGCCGUCUCGAGCGCGGCGUACAUCGUGCCGCCACCCGAGAUACCCGUGAGCAGGCCCUCCUUGGCAGCCAAAGCUUUGGCGGUGUUCACGGCCGCAUCGCCAGGGAUAGGGAAGAGCUCGUCCUGCAACUCGGCCAUGGGCGCGUCCUCGAGGACCUGUGCGCAAAUCAACCAGUGAGUCGGGUGGCCAGUGGCGGAGACGCGCCGCGACAAUUUGAUUUAUGCACUGUCGAGGGACCUUGGGGAUAAAAUCGGGCGUCCAGCCCUGAAUAGGGUGCGCCGCGAAGGCGGGGUGCGAGGCUUUCGGUGACCCAUCAGCAUUGCGCUCCGUGGCCACGCCAGAGGCCAAUAAUCCAGCAGCCUCCGGUUCGGCCAACACAAUCUUCAGGUCCGGAAUCGACGCCUUGAGGGCCUUGCCCGCGCCGUGGAAAGUACCUCCAGUACCGUACCCGGUGACCCAGUGGGUCAACUUCUUGCCCGACGCCUUGAAAUCAGCGAUGAUUUCGGGGCCGGUCGUGGCCUCGUGGAACUUCCAGUUCGCCUCGUUCUCGAACCUGUGGGAAAAAAAAAUCAGCCGCUGCACGCCAUCGACGCGACGUAAACGCAACUCAGUGGUUGAUUUCGACACAGAUCCGAACUGGUGGCAGAGGAACCAGCCGUUCUUGGCGCAGAGCUCCUCGGCCUUGCGCACCAUGCCCGUGCCCUUGCCGGCUUUCGGCGUCACGAUGACCUUGGCCCCCAGCAUGCGCAUGAGGCGGCGGCGCUCGACGGAGAAGGGCUCGGCCAUGCAGAUGACGCAGUCGUAGCCGCGCUGGGCACAGACCAUGGCCACGGCGAUGCCCGUGUUGCCCGACGUGGCUUCCACGACGGUCAUCCCCGGCUUGAGCUCGCCCCUUUUUUCAGCGUCCUCGAUGAUGGCCACCGCGAGGCGGUCCUUGACCGACGCGAGCGGAUUAAAGUACUCGCACUUGGCGUAGACCUCGACGCCGGGCGGCGCGAGCCUGUGUGGAAAUCAACCAGUGAGUUAGGUUACCGACGCGGCCACGGGGACAACGUCGCGUCGAUGGCGUGGGGCGCCCGAAACUUGAUUUCCACACAGGCCAGAGCUUGUCGCUGAUCUUCACGACGGGCGUGUUGCCCACGAGCGCCGUGGCGUCCUCGAAGAGCCCGCCCGAGCCGGCACCGCGCGCCGCCGUCGCGUGCAGCGCGCGGCCGCGGCCCACGAGGCGAGCCGGCGCGCGGAGGGCGGCCGAGAGCGCGGGAACCAUGGCGCGGAGGAGUUUCAUUUCUUCGGGCCUGCGAGCGCGCGCGGCUGGAGGCUGGCCUCUCGGUGGGUCCAAGGCGAGCGGAUACGCGUGCAAAAGCAGACAAUGCUGACGGUCUCGCAUCAAUGCUGGACACCCGAAACGAUUGAAAACGCCGGAUGCACCGUAAAGCAGCCGAGAUUAUGCACGAGCUAGCUCUCGCGGCGGCGGCGGAAGACACGGCCCCGGCCAAGUCCCCGAGCUCGACUCUUCACCGCACAGGUCGUUCCAGCACUACUCGUGCACGCUGGCAGCUCUUCGAGAAGCGAAGCAGGUUAGGUGCGGGGUCCGCCACCUGGCUGAAGAAACAUGGGUGACCGAAAACGCUAGGCGGGCGCCACCUGAACAAAUGUUUGCACAAUGUAGAGCCUGCAUGGGCGGCGGAGGCUGGCUGCGCAAGGGGCAGCCCGCGAUUGCCGAGUCGCCGCGGCCAACUGAGACGCCGCUGGCCAAGGCCCAGCAGCAGGACGCGGAGACGCCCGCUACGGUGGAGGUUGACAAAACGCGCAAAUCGAUGACGCCGUUGCGGAGCCUCCGGAAGCAGGCGUCGAGACUGAGCGGCGUCACCGGCGCAUUCUCGGGCAAGUCUCCGGAGCGUCCCGCAAACACCAUACCAAUGCCGACUGCUGACUCGCCGGCGUCGAUGACGCCGCCGCCGCCGGCGGCCCAGUGAGAAGAGUGUGCUUUGUAUGUAGUUUCCUCCCUUGGACUAAGGCGCGUUCGCGCGCGUUUCUAACCUCGUGUCCCCUCCUCCUCCCAGCCACUCCUCGGCGGCGCAACAGCGUGUUCGCCGGCAUUCCUCCCGGCGACUCCUCGGCGACGAGCAAAUCUUUGCUAGCGGCCUGUAAGACACUAGGGAUGCCUAGCAAGCAGCUGCAGCUGGGCUGUACGCACCGCGGCUUAGCGACAUAAAUUGCGGAGACAGAGGCUCUGCAAGCGUACUGACUGGCACUCAUCAUCGCUGCCGUUGUGUCGCACAUAGCAGCCGUGGCGCCCACGAGAAGCAAUUGCUCGCUUGUGCUGCAUGCAACUGCAGCGUCGCACAAAAUAGCAGCAGCGAUGGACGACGACGACGACUUCGAGCGCGAAGCGGCGCUCGACGCCGAGGACGCCGCCUGGGAGAACAGCGACGACGACGCGCCCGAGGAGGCACCAAACGGCUCCGACGACGACGACGACGCGCCCGAGGAGGCCGGGAACGCGCCUCGGACGGUGGACGAGGACGGCUUCUCGGACGAGGAGCCGGACGCCGCGGCGAACGCCGCGGCCGUGGAAUACGACGAGCCCGCGCGCGCGCGCCGGCGCACGGGCGCGCUGCGGCGCGUCGAGGCGGCGGCCGCGAAGCGCCGCAAGCUCGCCGAGCCGGCGGCCGACUUCGUCGAGGUCCCGGCGGAGCCCGUGGUCGCGGCGCCGCCGCCCGUCGUGGAGAGGCGGACGCGCGUCGCCGACAACAUCUUCGUCAGCGACGAGCGCGCGCACCGGAGCCUGUUCGACGCGCGGCCGAGCGCGUCGGCGCUCGCGCUCGAGCGGCUCAAGUUCGGCGCCGCGCCGCGCGAAAGUACGACGGCCCACGUCCCGUUCGCGACGCCAGCGCUGCCGGUCUCAGGGGGCCGCAAGCGCCGGCGGCCGAAGGGCAAGGCGAAGGAGGCGGCGGCGGUCGCCGAGGCGCCCAAGUACAAGGGCCGGGGCCGGCGCAAGCGCAAGGGCGGCGGAGAACCCGCGGCGAAGCCGAGCGCCGCGGCCCCAAAGCCGCGGGCGCGCCGCAAGUCCAGCGCGGAGGCCCCGGCGCGGCCGCGCCGCAAGAGCAGUGGCGGUGAGGCGCCGGCGCCGGCGCCGGCAGUGCGGCCGCGUCGCAAGAGCAGCGGUGCCGCGACGGAGGAGGCGCCCACGCGGCCGCGGCGCAAGAGCAGCGGCGAGACGCAGGAGCAACCGAAGCCUCGCGCGCGGCGCAAGAGCAGCGAAGCGCCGGUGGCGAAGACGCGCCCCCGCCGGAAGACCGCCACGUACUCCCAGGAAGACUAAGAAUAGUGUCAUGAUUUACUCUCCGUCGUCAUCUCCGCCACGAGGUCGCUCGCGCCGUCGAACGUGCCGACGAGCCAGAGCAUCAGCCGCACGUCGACGCCGAUGGACCGCGAGAGCUCCUGCGACCAGGCGAACUCGUUCAUGAGGCCGCCGCGCGCGCGGUCGAAGUUGAUCGCGACGAGGUCGCCGUCGCUGUCUAGAACCGGCGAGCCCGAGUUGCCACCGACCGUAUCCGUCGAGUACAGCAGGCAGCAGGGCCGCUCCAGCGCCUCCGGACCGCCCUCCAGCAGCUCGCGGAGGCGCGGCGGCAGCGUGAACGUGCCGUCGUCGUCGCCCCUCAAUUCGGCCUCGUGCGCCUUGUCCAACAGACCGCCGAGCGUCGUCCGGGGCCCGUGCACGACGGCGUCGCGGGGCGCGCAGCCCUCGACGCGGCCCGCGGAUAAUCGCAGGGCGCCGUUGCAGUCCGGCCACAGGCGCUCCGUGGACGUCGCGCGGCGGAAGUCGAGUAAUCUGGCCGUGACGCGGUCGCGGUCGCUCAGCAGGGCCUUGCCCGCGUCCCGCACGGCCGCGUACAACGGAUAUAAAGCCGCGGACAGCCCCACAAACGGGUCCGAAGCGUAGGCGUCUAAGCUGCCGUCCAACGAAAACGUCUCGGGGAGCGGCGACGCGCGCACGGCGUCGACGACGCCGCCCUUCGAAAAGAACCCGUGCGUCGACACGCCCGCUCGCCUCGCGCUGUCCAGCGCGUGCGCCACGAGCGCCGCCUCGUGCGGCGCGUAGGCCUGCUCCAGGCGCGUCCGCAAGCGCCUCUCCAGAAACGGCCGGUUCCGAUCCCUGUACUCGGCCUCCCGCUCGUCGUCCGGCUUCGCGAGCUCGACGGAUGCCUCGUGCACGGCGUGCGCUGCCGCCAGAUAGGCCGACCCCAGGACCGUGCCCCGCAGCUCCGACAACGCGUCCAGCACCGGUUGGCCUUCGCCUAACUCCACAUAGAUGUUCUGCAGCUCUUGGAGCAAGAUGGCACACGCGGGAUACGCGUCCGACAGCUCCUUCUCCUCCUUGCGCCGCUCCUCCAGCACGUCCACCUUCGACGCCACGACGAGCUUGCCCCGGUUCCUCUUCAACUCGUUGGCCAGCGACUUGCGCAUGCCCGCGAGCGCGAGGCGCGUCUCCUCGGAGUCGCCCUCGAAGCGCUGGAUCGCUUCGAGCUUACGCUCAAAGUCCGCGACGAUGGCCGGAAUCGUCACUUGCUUGUUGUACUCCAAUCUAGCAGAGGGCGCGUACCGCAACGUCCGGCCCGGAAAGCCCAGGAGAAACACAAAGUCGCCGUCGUCCGCGCCCUCGGGGUUCAGCCGGAGGCGCUUCGACGGCGUGUACGGCACGUUCUGGGCGGCGUAGUCCGCCGGCGCGUUGUCCGCGUCGGCGUAGGCCCGCAGCAGGGCGAAGUCCGCCGUGUGCCGGGGCCACUCGAAGUUGUCCGAGUCGCCGCCGAAGGAGCCCAGGGACGACGGCGGCGCGUAGGCGAUGCGCACGUCGCGCAGCCGCUCGUACGUGAAUAAGAGAUACUUUUCGUUGGCAAACAUCUCCUGCACGUCGCAGCGGACGCCCUCCGCGCUGACGCCCAGCUGCUGGGCCUGCUGCCUCAGGACGUUCUCGGCGUAGGACGCGAUCUGCUGCCUUCUAUCACGUAGUGCCGUGGCUCGCUUCAGCGGGUCGGGCUCGUCCAAGACGUCCAGGACCGCGUCGCUCACGUCCUCGACGCGCCGCGUCAACCAGACCUCGCAGUUCGGCGCCCGGAGCUCCUCCUUGCGGCUCUUGGCCACGUAACCGUCCCUGACGAAGUCCUCGCCCUCGAGCAGGGACGCCUGCCGGAUGUACUCGUACGCGACGUGCCAGUUCGUCAGGAUCAAACCGUCGUCGCUCACGAAACUACCGGUGCCGCCGCGGCCCGCGGCACCGAUCGAGACCAAGGCGUCGCUCAGCGCGACCGCGCCGUCGCCUCGCGUGCCGUCGAUCUCGGACGCGGGCACGUUCAGGCCCAUGUCCCGGAGCGGCUGCUCCAAUUCCUGCACGGCGGUGAUCGGCCAGGUGCGGAAGCGGCCGAAGACGCUCGGGUCCAGCGCGCGGCUCGUGCCCGCGAGGAUCAGGGCUGCUCGAAGCAUCUCCUAGAUUGAGAGCAAUUGCUUUGCAAUGUCAAAUGAUCUCGUGCGCUCUGCGAAUUGAUGACUGGCUAACAGCGCAUAGCUGAGUGUGCAAAUGCGGGCGAUCGGCGUGCGCGUGCAGCCUGCACAGGCGUGCAAGUAGUCCUAGUAUGUAGGACGCUAGCUCCAAUCAAUAGAGCUAGACAGACAGAUUAGGCGCCUCGUCGACGUCGACGUCGUCGUCGACGAUCUCGGCGAAGGACGCCGGCCGCGCGACGCCCUCGUCCUCCUCGUCCUCCUCGUCGAAGUCCGAGCGCGACUCGGCGUCGGAGCCGUCGCCGCUCUCGUCGUCGUCAAAACUGAAUAUCGAGCCGUCGUCGUCGUCGCCGCUGCCGUCCGCGUCCCUCUCGUCGAAGUCGCCCAGCGUGUGCGCUUGCGGGUCGCCCUCGACGACGAUGACCGGGUCGGUGCCGGCGCUCUGGACGCCGACGCCGAGGGCUUGCAACACUCCCUCGAGCUCGACGCCGUGCCGGAAGCACUCCGCGCGGCGCCGCGCCUCGCUCCGCACGUUCGUUAGGAACUCCGCGUCGACGGGGCCGUCCUCGACGAACAGAUCGCUGAUGACGCAGCGCGCGUUCGACACGGGCGACGGGGGCCGCUGCGCCGGCGGCGUACCCACAAACGUGUUCUCGUCCUGGACCCAGUUGAAGAGGUACACGUGCCGCAGGCCGUCGUACGACGGGGGCAGCUUCAUGGCCAGCGGCCCGUCGUGGUGGCGCCGGCCGUCGACGCGCACGUCCAUCCAGAGCGCCGGCGCGCCGAUUUCCCCGGCGACGUCCCAAAGCAAGCGACAGUCGACGUCGUGCUUCGCGUCGGCCGCGGCCUCGUCGGGCCCCGCGAGCGCGACGGCGUACCGCGACCGCGGCAGCCAGAGCUGGAGCCGGUCGCCGGCCCAGAGCGGGAUGAGGAACGAGAAGACGUCGGGGUGGCCGAUCCGGAAGAAGCGCAGCGCCCGGUGCGCCGCGUCGGCGGACGAGAAGCAGACGUUGCAGUAGCCCCGCGACGCGGACCGCGCCGGCGCGCAGUACUGGAAGCGGAUGCGCGUCGGCCGCCGCACGCCGCCGAAGGGCCGGUGCACGCCCGUGAAGUUCAUCUCGCCGCCGCCGUCCAGCACGAGCCCCGCGGCCGUCGUUCGGAGCUCGCGGUAGCGCCAGGGCCGCGGCGGCUCGUCGUCGUCGUCGCCGUCGCGCGGCGCGUCGUCGGGCGUCGUCGGGCCGCGGCGCCACCGCCGCUGCAGAAACUGGCUGCGGGCGCCGAAGGGCUCCCAGCACACGGCCCGCUCGCGCCGCCGCAGGAGCUCAAGCGCGUCACGCGCGCCCGGCGGCGUCGAGGUGCUCAACGGCACCGCGUCGCGUUCGGUCGCGCAUCGCACCACUGCGGACGUGACGCCGUAGUGCUGCUUCUUUGUCGUGCCGUAGCCCAGCCGGCAGAGGGCCGCCGCGUCGAGGUAGUCGAGGUAGGGCGGCGGCAGGUCCUCGAGGCUUGUUGUGGGUAGCGGUGGUGGAUGCUCCAUCUCCUGGUCGUGCUCGAUCGGUGAGCUGUGGGUUGAGCUGUGGUGACACAGCGGUCCAAAGCUGCAAAGCUGUUAGAGCAGUGCUGUGCAGCGGCACAAAAGCGGCUUCUUUCAAAGCUCCAAAAAAGGCAAAAACCCGUGCGAAGCUACGUUUUCUUUAUAUCUGUCUUAAUAAGUCGACUACGAGCCCAGAGAAAACAGUCGCGCGAGUUGUAGGCUCAAGGUAAAGCAGCCUUCGCCUGAUGAGGCCAAAGUAAAGGCUUAUACACUCACCUUUUCCGCGCGGGCCCGUCCUCGUUUAUCCGCAAAAACUUAUUACUACUGUAGCCAAAAACAGCGGCGCGAACCACAGACGAUCCCGCGGCGGCCAAAACCCAAUCUGGAAGACGACAGGCCCUGAACUGUGGCCAAAACCGAGACCGUAGCUAGCGCGCAAACCAGCGUCUCACACGCGUUCAGUCGUCCGCCGGAGGACCACCAACGACACCACAAAUUUGGCGGCGAUCGAACCACCGCGACCGCGAAACCGCCGGCGGAAAGAUGAACUCAAGUAUGUGCGUGCUCCCGGUCAUCUCCUCUGGCGGCAUGUAUACAUCUCCCCUUCGUCCCCUUGCCUGUAUAAUAGAUAAAAAAGUUAGGAAUCGAGGACGGAGGCGGCCCCAGGUACUCACUAAAUAGAAGAUACGUUAGCCCGGAGGCGCCCCGGCGCCGCGGCCUCAGUUCUCGGGCUCGAUGAGGCCGAGGCCCCCCUCCUUGCGCUUGUACAUGACGUUGAUCUUCCCCGUCUCCUCGUUCGUGAACAUGUAGAAGUCGUGGUCCAGGCCGUCCAUGCAGAUCAUCGCGUCGGACAGCGACUGCGCCGGCAUCGCGUGCGUCUUGCGCCGGAUGAGGGACGUCGCGUCGAAGACCUCGGGCUCCAUCUCGACGGGGUCCUCGAGCAUCUCGCCCAGGCUCAUCUUCAGCUGCGGCUUGUUGCGCUUGCCCUCGCGGCGCUCCUUGACCUUGCGGAGCUUCCGCGCGACCUUGUCGGCCACGAGGUCGAUCGACGAGUACAUGCUCGGGCUUCGCUCCUCGGCGCGGACGACCUCGCCCUUGCAGAAGACCACGACCUCGGCGACGUCGCUGUCGGCGACGGCGGGGUUCCGCAUCACGCUCAGGUGGGUGUCGCAUCUCUGGGACACGCCGGCGUACUUCUCGACGACGCCGCCGAUCUUCUCUUCGACGUACCUGCGCGCGGUGGCGUUGGCUCCUCUCCGCGCCUGGCUUCUCUCCCGCCUUCUCUCCCGCCUGGCGGGGGUUUCGGGCGGCGCGCGGUAUCCAAGGGACGCGGCGCGCCGCACGCUUUGAUGUUAUCCGUCAUCUUGAGGUUGUUGGCGGAAAUGGUCGUCAAACUAUUCGCCAUGACCGUCGCGCGUGCCCGUGUGCUCACGGGCCUGGCAGGCGGUGCCCGCGCGGGCUGGAGCGCUUGCAGCAGCGCCGGCAGGAAUGCGCACAGUGUGAGGCGCGAAUGCAUGGUGGUAUUUACCGCAGUGAAUAGGUCGGCAGGCAGCGGCGCGGCCGUCUGCUGUCUCGUGUUCUCUGCGAGCCAAGUGCUUGCUGCUUGGGUCGCGGGUUUUUGCGACAGCGAAGCAACGGUGUCAGUGAAGAUAUUGACUCCGGCGAGACGGCUCCUGGCCCGGAGCGCUGCAUCUCUCGUCUGGUUUUGCCAGGCUCUGGCACAGAGCUAUGAGACUGCAAAAAAAAACACCACGACGGGAUCGAUAUAGUGGUGCAAGACUGCUAUUUGUCCGUCACGUUUUGCAAGCUGCGGCACGCGCACCGCAUUGUGCGAUCACCAUUGGACCAGCUGCUCAGUGCAGGCUUGUGCAGGCUCCGCGGCAGCAUGAGUGAAUAAGCAUCGUGGCGCGACCACUGCAAAUAUUGCGUCUGGCUGCGGCCUACCUCCGCGCCCUCGUCGCUCUCGUGGCCUCGCAAUGGACGAGGCCGCAGCGCGUCGAGAUCACCGAGCGCGCGCCGCGCAAGGGCUACCCGCCCAAGCUCUACACCAGCAAAAGCCGCGCAAGGGCAUGCUUCGUCGACGGCUCGGCGAGGGGCGGCCGCGCGGGAUGCGGUGUCUACUAUGCCGACGGCGACGCACGGAAUCGCUCGCUAGCGCUGCCGCCGCGCGUCGGCACCACGCCUGGCGCGAACAACAUCGCUGAGAUUUCUGCGAUCUUCCACGCGAUCUUUUGCGCCGCCCGCAAUUCACCGCUGGAUGUGUACUCAGACUCGGCGCUCGCCCUCCGGACGCUUAAGAGCGGCGAGGCCACCUCUGCCCUGGCGCCGCCGGGCGCGGCCCUGGCGCGAGCAUGCAUGGCGAUCUUGCGCCUUCGCGGCGCGGAGACGUCGUUAAGUGCCGUAGCUGCGCACGCGGACGUCGCGGGCAAUCACGUGGCCGACGCGCUUGCCCAGGCCGGCGCCGAGCGCGGGGAGCUGUUCGCCGUGCCCGAGGCGUUUUAUGACGGUGCCGGGCUCGGGACGUGGCUAGCGAUCCGGCGCCUUGAGCUCGUGUAUCUCCUUCGCGCCGGGGACGAGGAGGGGUCGUCGUCGAUUUGGGCGUAAACCUGUUGUUGGAAGGAGAGCGUACCAGUUAUAUUGUUACGGUGCUGAACUAGUGGCGAGCGCGGCAUCACGAGCUAGCGGCCUAAGACACUAGAUGUCAUUUAUUGCCCUUUGCGACGCCCAGGUUUGCACAGCCUUAACUAAUAUUGUGUGUUUGAGCAGAGAAGAACUGGCUUUUACCCGGCAACCGCUGCGCAGCUUAAAAAACGCUCUAAGCAACGCCGCAUAGCAAUUUCACCAGCGAGUGGCUGCAAGUGCAAAUCACCUCGGCGAGGCUAACACCAUGCCCAAAAAAGCGCAGCUCCCGCCGGGCGCCGCCGGCCGCUCGCAGCAGACCCUCGCGCGGCGCAACCGCCGCGACGCGCUCGGCAAGUGGCUCCGGCGCUACGCCGGCGUCGCGGCCGUCGCCGUGCUGGCCUGGGCCGCCAAGACCGCCUGGCCGCGCGCGCGACGGAAGCUCUUCCCGCGCAAGCCGAGCCGCCGGGCGAGCCGGGCCAAGACCGCCGCCGCGAUCGAGACGACCGCCGAGGCCGCGGCCGAGUGGGCCGUCGUCCAGGCGCGAGCCGACGCGGCCGUCGCGCGCGGCGCGCCGCACGAGGCCAUCUCUCUCUACAGGGACGCGAUCCAGCUCGCGCCGGCCUUGUCGCCGGCCUACACGAACCUGUGCCACGCGCUCAAGCUCCUCGGCGAGUACGCCGAUGCGCUCCAGAUGUGCACCGAAGGCUAUGCCCGGGCGAAGGACGACCGGGAGCGCGCCGCGGCUCUGGUGAACUACGGCGUCGCCCAGUAUAGCGGCGGCGGCGCGCGCUACUUCCGGAGCGCGAUUGCGGCGUGGAGCAAGGCCUCGAGCCAGGACCCCGCGAACGCCGCGGCGCACCGCUACUACGCCAAGGCCGGCGUGGCCCUGGGCAAGCUGCGCGAGGCAGCGGAGGCCGAGAAGCUCGCCUGGACGGUGGACCCGCGCCCGGAGACCGUGUUGGCCCUGGCGCACCUCGCGACGUCCGCGAACGCGUCGACGGGCGACGCGGUCGGCGUCGACUUGUUAAGGAGCGGGUUCGGCGACCCGGCGGCGCUCGACGGCUUCGCGGAGUCGCUCCAGGAGUUCGCGGCGCAGGCGACGAAGGAGGGGUCCCCCGCGGACCUGGCGGCCAUCAAGCAGGCCGAGUUCGUCUACCUCGACUACUCGAAGGCCGAGCCGGAACGGGCCUGGGCCUCGCUCGUGGCGGCGAACGCCGCGAGGAGGGACGCGGCGGCGCCGCACAUCGUCAAGGGGAGCGCCCCCGAGAUCUCGGAGGGCGCCGCGACGGACUUCAUCCGGGCCUUCCCGGGCGGCGCCAAGGCGAAGCAGAAGCGCGCGGACCGCAAGAAGGCCGACCAGGACCUCUUAGACCACGUGGCCGGCGACGCGUCCAUCGAGCUCAAGGACGAGGCGAACAAGAACCGGCCCUCACCCGUCGAGGGCCCCGCCCAGUUGUUUAUCAUGGGCGCGCCGCGAAGCGGCGGCACGCUGCUCCACGCGGCGCUGUCGCGGCACGAUGGCAUCGCGACGGACGGCGACGCUACGCCCGUGUUAGCGGACCUCGCCGCGGAGCGGGGCCUCGCAUUCUUCGACCGCGCCUCCGAGGAGGACCUCGCCGAUUUAGGACGCGCUUAUAGGAGGCGGCACCACGCGAGAGCCGUAUCGCCGCAAAAGGAGAACGCGUCCUUCGCCAUCGACGCCGCGCUGGAAAACGUGUGGUGGCUGGGGGCCGCCGCCCAGUAUUUGGAGGCGGAGGCGCCGGAUUUCAAGGCGCUGAUUAUUAGGAGGGACCCCAAGGCCGUGGCGUUCAGCUGCUACAAGGCGGCCUUCGCCAACGGCGAACGGGCCUGGGCGGACAAGCCCGAGGACCUGGGGGCGCGGUUGCAUGCGAUUCGCAAACUCGAGGACCACUGGCUCAAAACGAUGCCCGACCGGGUGAAACUCGUCGAGUACGAGAAAUUGAUUAGCAACCCCCAGAAGGUGUUGAACGACGUCGUCGCGUGGCUGGGCUUGGAGGCGUGCGAGCUCUGUUUGACGCCGAACGAGACGGAGGUGGCAUUGACGUCCUACGGCGCCGUCGAGGCUCGGGCGCCGCCGUUCCACACGCAGUCGCUCGCGGCGUGGAAGCGCUACGAGAAGCAGCUGAAGCGGGACGUGUUCCCGCACCUUGUCGACAAGAAGUGAGCUAGCUGGAGGUCGUCUAAGUAGGGUGUGAAAGAAGUUUGUGCCGCCGCACAGGCGCGCGCGUUGACGGGUCCCCGACGCCUCCAGCGACUAGAAACUCCGUAGUAUUGCCUCCCCCAAGGCCCCCGAGCCCUCCCGGGCCGCGCCCGCGCCGCGGACCCGGCCGGGGGGCGCCAGGCCCCUUUGCGAAUCAAAAAAAUCGCAGAGCGCAGAACGAUCUGGGGCGGCGGCCGUCUACGGCGCAAGCGCGGCGCAGAGGACCAUGGCGACGGACGAGAACAACCACAAGAACGAGGCGCGCGACGACUGGACCGGCUGCACCUUCCGGGUGGAGCGGGGGCCCAGCAGCGAAGGCCGGGCCUGGGGCAUGGCCGACAUCCUCGAUCACGAGCGAUGGACGAGUUCGUUCGUGCUCUUCUUCCCCAGCUCGACCUCACGUCGGGCGGGCCGGCCCGCGGGCUCCACGCCCCUCCGGGUCCGAACGGCCUUCUUCAGGGCCGUCAUGUUCCCCCUGCACUGUUACCCCCACAUCGUUCCUCUUACUACCCCGCGUGUCGUUUCCUCUUCUCCCCCAGCGCUC